CAUAUAAUAAAUGAUAUUAUCACUUAAAUAUUUCUAUUUGACUUUAUAAAGUCAAAUGUCUAUGAACUAUGUCUGUCAAAUACAAGUUGCAUUGAAAGGAUUGAAUUCAUUAGAAUAUUUUUAUGUAAUAUUUUUUUGAAUAAGGUGAUAUUAUUUUAAAGAUGUGGUGUUUAGAAUUAUAUAUAAGGAUGAAAAUAUAUCAAAUGUGAAAAAAGAGCAAGUUAAGUUAGAAAUAUGGAAAAAAGGGGUAGUGCUGAACUUUUGAAUGUUGAACAAAAUAACUCCAAAAAUGCCAGUUCUGAUUCCCUUAAUUCAGAUAGCAAGAGCAGUUCCCUUAAUUCUAAGAUGGGACAAGAAUCGGAAAGCUGGGAUAAAGCAUCACAUUCCAAAAGUUUUUCUUCAAGUUCUACUUCAACAGAUAAUAAUAUUGUGUCUGCUUUAGAAACUAGAAAAGACAAUCAAGUAAAAAAUUUGUCUAGUGGAGAAACAGGUCCACCACUUUUAAAUGGAGAACGUGUACAAGGCAUUGCUCAUGAAGUAACUUAUGUGUGUCCUUAUUCGGGACCAGUCAGAGGAAUUCUUAGUAUUACAAAUUAUAAACUUCAUUUUCGGAGUGUAGAUCGUGAAACGCCUUAUGUUGUUGAAGUACCGUUAGGCGUUGUUAGUAGAAUCGAAAAAGUUGGUGGUGCAUCUAGCAAAGGCGAAAAUUCUUAUGGCAUUGAAGUAUUUUGUAAAGAUAUGCGAAAUCUUAGAUUUGCUCAUAAACAAGAAAAUCAUUCCAGAAGAGAUGUUUUUGAAAAACUUCAACAGUAUUCUUUUCCUUUAUCUCAUAAAUUACCUCUUUUCGCGUUUGAAUAUUUUGAGACAUUUCCUGAAAAUGGAUGGAAUGUUUAUGAACCUAUAGCAGAAUUAAAACGAAUGGGAGUAAACAAUGAUAUGUGGAAGAUAUCGAAAAUCAACGACACAUAUUCAAUUUGUGAUAGUUAUCCCGCUGUAUGGGCAGUACCUGCAGCAGCAACUGAUGAGGAUUUGCAAGCAUCUGCAGCUUUUCGAAGUAGAGGAAGACUUCCGGUACUCUCAUGGAUCCAUCCAGAAAGUCAAGCAACGAUAACUCGUUGUGCUCAACCAUUAGUAGGUGUUGGUGGCAAACGUAGUCGCGAAGACGAGCGAUAUAUUCAGUUAAUAAUGGAUGCUAAUGCACAAAGUCAUAAACUUUUUAUUAUGGAUGCUCGACCAAUGCCUAAUGCUGUUGCAAACAAAGCUAAAGGUGGCGGUUAUGAAAGUGAAGACGCUUAUCAAAAUGCAGAACUUGUAUUUCUUGAUAUUCAUAAUAUACAUGUAAUGAGAGAGAGUCUUAGAAAAUUAAAAGAGUUAUGUUUCCCGACAAUUGAUGAAACAAGAUGGUUAUCAGGAAUAGAAUCUACAGUUUGGUUGAAACACAUAAAAUAUGUACUUGCAGGAGCAUUAAGAAUAGUAGAUAAAGUUGAAAAUCAUAAAACUUCAGUGUUAGUGCAUUGUUCAGAUGGAUGGGAUAGGACAGCACAACUAACAGCUCUUGCCAUGUUAAUGUUAGAUCCAUAUUAUAGAACUAUCAAAGGUUUUGAAGUGCUAAUAGAAAAAGAAUGGCUUAGUUUUGGUCACAAAUUUCAACAGAGAAUCGGUCAUGGUGACGAACAUCAUAGCGAUGCAGACAGAUCUCCAGUAUUUUUACAAUUUAUGGAUUGCGUGUGGCAAAUAAGUCGUCAGUUUCCUAAUGCAUUUGAGUUUAAUGAACAUUUUCUAAUCACUAUUCUUGAUCACCUAUAUUCUUGUAGAUUUGGCACAUUUUUAUUUAGCAGUGAACGAGAAAGAGUUCAGGAACAAGUAAAACAAAAAACUGUUUCGUUAUGGUCGUAUACGAACAGUCAGUUAUCCUUAUAUCAAAAUCCUUUAUAUUGGGCUGCUCCUUAUUAUCAGCUUGUUCUGAUGCCAAUCGCUAGUAUGAGAUACAUUAAACCGUGGAAAAGUUUAUAUUGUAGAUGGAAUCCGAGUAUGCGACAGCAGGAUCCUGUUUAUCAACGAACGAGAGAAUUAUUAGUUUUAAAAGAACAACUUGAAAAACAACUGGAAGAAGGUCGGCGUGAACAGGCUAGUCGAGCAAAUCGAUCAAUGACAUCACCGGCACCACCUAGGAUACAUUCGCCGGUUCAUUCAUAACAUGAAAAAAAUUGUUUCUUAUCUUUCAGCGAUCUAUAAUUAUUUGUAUAUGACUUUUUUUUGCUCGCUAUGUACAAAAUACUCGUUGAUAAAAAGAAAACGUUUAUAAUUUUUGCGCAAA